UCGGUCAAAUGACUAUACGGGAGACCCUGCCCCUUUAAAGCCAAAUGAGUCGCUAGAGAAGUUCCUGGCAACAUUUUUCUCCGACGGAUGGGAAAAGAUGGCUAGGAGGGCUGGCAGUCUUGGAAAAUCGACUCUACACUUGCGAAAUCGUAAAUGUCCACGCUUGUUAUUUUAAAACUUUUUUGCUUCCCGAGUCAAAAUGUCAAAUUUCUUUUUGCUUAUACCUGUACUGAUGUACGCGGAGACCUUUGCUUUUGGCCCGAACGAAGGCUCUGGGGACGGAUACGGUGACGCAGGAGCAGGGGCUGAUAGUCAUUACAGCCCCAGACUGGACUACAGCAGUCCACACUGGUGCCACACACUCAGCCUGAGGAAUGGGCAGGUGAGCUGCCGAUCGCCGCGCGGAGGACAUCACCACAGCGCCCUGGGGACGUGGUGCCUGCUGUCCUGUGACAGUGGGAGCCAGCUGGUGGGACCGUCCGCGGUCCAGUGCCUGCCCAGUCGCCGCUGGUCCAGGCUGGCCUACUGCCGCCAGAUUCGCUGUCAUGUUCUGCCCGCAAUCUACUACGGCACGUUCAGCUGCUCCGACGGUGUAUUUGUGGACUCCAGGUGUGACUACACCUGUAACCCGGGAUACGAAAUCGACGGCGACCGCAGCCGCACCUGCCUGGAGGACGGCAAGUGGAGCAGCACAGAGCCGUCCUGCCAAGAUCACGAGCCUCCAAAGAUUACAUGCCCUCGAUCGCGGGUCAAGAUUGCAGCACCAGGACAGCUGAGUGCCAGAGUGUCCUGGGACCCCCCGAUCGUGAAGGACACGGCUGAUACUGCACUGCCUGACGUGAAACUGACAGGCGCAGAGUCAGGGUCAGACUUUAAGGAGGGGAUCCACAUCAUCCGAUAUAAAGCAUACGACCAGGCCCGGAAUAAGGCAGCCUGCAAGUUCAUAGUGCGAGUGGAGGUGCGGAGGUGUCCUGCCCUGAAGGCCCCGCUGCAUGGGUACCUGAAAUGCUCCUCCGGUGGAAACAACUACGGAGCCGUGUGCGAGUUCUCCUGCGAGGGGGGCUGGGAGCGGAAGGGGGUCGCAACCCGAGUGUGCCAGUUCAGCCGCAGCUGGGCUGGAGUCGCUCCCGUCUGCGUCAUGAUGGAGAUAAACACGGAUGUGAGGACAGCUGCUGCUCUGCUGGACCAGUUCUACGAGAAAAGGAGGCUGCUUAUCCUUUCCACACCGAGCAAUGGUGACCAGUACUACAAACUUCAGAACAUCAUGCUACAGAAAGCAGGGUGUGGUUUGGACCUGCGACAGGUGACGGUGAUCGAGCUUCUGGGACUGCCUCCUCGAGAGGUGGGCCGCAUCAAAGACCGGCAGUUGGACCCUCACGUCAUUGAGGGGCUCAGACAGGCCUACAGGAUCACCAGGUCAUACUUCAGCAUGGUGCUGCUGGACAGCUACGGCAUUGACCAAGAUCGCUUCAUCGCACCCACCACGCCCGAGGAGCUUUUCUCCGUCAUUGACGCAUACAUGCUGGACGAGGAGGAGCGGGAACGCCUGGAGAAGCAGAGGGACUACUGCGACUGAGCCUCAGACGCGGACACUGGCCGGCGAGCACAGCACUCUGAAGCUGGGCAUUAACAUAGAUAUGAAUAAGAUAUAAACAGUUUAGGAACAUAGUAUCCAUAGUAAUUUACUAAUUCUUAUGACUUUUACAGCUUUAUGAACACAACCAAAGCGAGAAAUCCUCUACCUGUAAGAUUUGGCCAAAACCCAUGGUGGCCAAUACUCAGCCUUCUGCACAAUAGCUCCCCCUGGUGGCUGGAAAUUGAACGGUACGAGUGCUAGAGAGGAUGAUGACAUUUCUUUCUUCGAGCUGAAGUUUUCUCUUUGCCAAGUGAUUAACACCUCUGACAUGGUUGAGGGAAAACUAGUACUUUUUGCACAUGAGAGAUUGUGAGGAACAAUGCCAAUAACAAGGAUUAUUGUUAAGGAUUUCAUUCUGUCAUAAAUUGUCUAAGGGGUAAAACUGCAGCCUUAUAGCUAAGUAUUAGUGAAGGUCUGCAGAGCGCACUGCACUGUGGAGAUGCACCUAUGUAACGCGAUAUAAUGUCAAACCUUAGACCUGAAAUGUACAAUUUAUGAUCCAUAACUAAAGAAGUCGCCAAAUAUUACGGGCAUUAUAUAACUGUUUCAGAAACACAUCUUUAAAAGCUUACAUAAAUACAGCAUGUUUCUGUAUUGAUUUACUGUUAAAGAGGAUUUCAGUAAUAUUUUAGUAACGAAAUAUUACAUUUUUAUAAACAACAUAUCUCCUGGGAACUCCUGAUUUGGACAUGAAAUGAUGUUACUUAAUUUUUAUGAGGAGACAAUCUUUCAGAAUGAAUGAAGAGGACAGAAUGUGAGGCUGUCUCUGUGACAAUAGUGACUGAAAGCUUGAUUCCACAUAGCAGGGCUUACAUCACCUCCUUCAUGCAAUGUGAAGAUUCUCUUGUGUUUUUAUUGUAUUUGUAUCUGUUGUGUUUUCCCAAAAUAAAAUGGAAAUAAUAACAUAUUUAAAUAUUAA